AUGUCCCCUCGCGCGAGUAAUUCCCAAAUCCCCAUUUCUAAAUAUUUCUCGCCGCCUAGCAGGAAACGCGCAGGCUCGGAGGUGAUCGACCUAACGCAGUCGGACAGUGAUGAUGCGGAACCGCGCUCCCAGAGGGCUCAGAAACGCGCUCGGACUACGACGGCACCUGCUUCCUCGCAGGGCCAGCGUGCGGCUGGUAGACCUUCGGUGGAGCGAUGGCGAUUCACGCCCUCGCCCCUGAAGACUGUGACUACUGGUGAUGCGACCGCUGUGCUGCCUGAGGUCCGGGAGGCAUUUCGCCGAAAGCUGCUCACCAGCAGCCAGGUGGGUGGAGAACCACCGUCGACGCCGAAAGCCUCGAAGGGCAAAGGCAGAGCACAAGAACCACAAGAGGAAUUCACGGCCAGUCCUAUAAGUUCUGGCUUAGGCUCGCCGCCAUCGGACGGUGACCAGGCUUUCAAUGAGUUGACGGCAUUGUUCCCCAAGAAGUCAAAAGGGAAGAAGAUUAAGGCGCCCCCAGUCCGCAAGGUGGUAUCAAAGGCUCCGGAGAGAGUUGGACCCAGUGGGCAGACUUAUACACCGUUGGAGGAACAAAUCCUGAAGUUGAAGGCCGAUAAUCCGGGGACACUUCUGAUGGUGGAAAUAGGCUACAAGUACAAGUUCUUCGGGGAAGACGCGGAAAUAGCUUCGAAAACACUUGGUGUAGCUUGUUACCCCGACCGGAAUUUCUCGGUUGCUUUCAUUCCAGUCGACCGGCUGAAUAUUCAUCUUAAGAACCUUCUGUCUCAAGGACAUAGAGUUGGAAUUGUGCAACAGACGGAAACCGCUGCGCUGAAGAAGGUCAGCGACACAAGAAACGAUGUCUUUGAGCGAAAGCUCACGCACCUUUACACAGCAGCAACAUAUGUCGACGAAAUUGAUUCCGUUGAUGAUACGGACAAGUACAUAUCUCCCCCGUUAAUGUGCCUCAUAGAGAAAUCCAAAAAGGGUGCUACGAAAGUGAACGUGAACAUCGCGAUGAUCACUGUCUGUCCACACACCGGUGAUGUCACUUGGGAUGAGUUUGAAGAUGGACCGAUGCGGAUAGAACUUGAGACUCGACUCGCACAUACGCAGCCAGCGGAACUCCUCCUCCCCGCAGAGUUAUCAAAGGCCACGGAGAAGAUGUUGGCGCAUUUCACGACCAUGUCUCCAACAGGCCGUAGAACCCCCGUGGAACGAUUCGCGGCGAAACUCAGCUACACGGACGCUUUCAAAGUGAUUACCGAAUUUUAUACGGACAAGGACAAUGCUGCGGGUGCUUCGGAGAGCUUUCGUUCCGGAGAACUGCUGGCCACCGUUACUGGCUUCCCUCAACAAGUCGUAGUCACACUCGGACACGCCAUAAAACACCUUUCCGCUUUCGGUAUCGCAGACGCGUUUCGCGAAACCAAGUUCUUCACCCACUUUAUGACCAAGACGCAUAUGCUGCUGGCAGCCAAUACCCUUGCCAACCUUGAAAUCUACCGUAACGAAACCGACUUCACGACCAAAGGCUCUCUCAUCUCGGUGCUGGAUCGUACUAAGACCAAGUUUGGAGCACGGCUAUUGCGGCACUGGGUGGGAAGGCCCUUGAUCGACAAAGCGCAAGCUCGUGUUGAUGCAGUUGAAGAACUCAAGACGACAAAUCACGGACAUCUAGCCGGGCUACAGGCUGUUCUCUCCAAACUACCUGAUCUAGCCAAAGGUCUUUGUCGAAUACAAUACGGUCAAUGUACUCCUCGCGAAUUAGCACUUCUAUUGCGCGCAUUCCAAAAAAUCGGCGAUGCAUUUGUAGCUGUGGACACCCCUUCUCAAGUUGGCUUCAAAUCUGACAUCCUCAACGACAUCAUAUUCGCGCUUCCGAAAAUCAAGCAACCUAUCAAGGAUACGAUGAGCCAAAUCAUUCUGAAAAAGGCGGAGGAAGGCAAGAGGGUCGAGAUGUGGACUGACAUCGAGAAGUUUCCCGAGCUCAAUGACUUGACCUUGGGCUUGGACCUCAACGAAGUAGACAUCUUGGACGAGUUGAAGGCAGUCCAGAAAGCUUUACGGCGGCCCUCCCUUAAAUGGGCUUCUCAUCUAGGUGAAGAAUGUCUCAUUGAGCUGAAGAAGGCAGAUAACAUACCAGUCCCUGAUGAUUGGAUAUUCAUGUCUGGGACGAAAAUCGUCAAGAGAUAUCACACACCUCAAGCGAAGCGAUUGCUUCAGAAACGCGCACAAUUCACUGAAGCGAUCCAAAGGGAGGCUCAUCGGGCGUAUAUAUCGUUCCUGAAGGAAAUUACCGAUGAUUAUUACGGCGUGCUCAGGCACGCUGUGAAUCAGUUAGCUAUCGCUGAUUGCUUGUUGAGUUUGACGAAGGUUGCACUGGAAAACGAUUACUCUCGGCCAGAAUUUAUAGAUGGCGACGCCCUUGAGAUCGUAGAUGGACGUCAUCCUAUGAUCGAAAAACUCAGUUCGGACCCUUUCGUAGCGAACAGCGUCGACAUGGGUGUCCGUGAACCCAAGAGCAAGAUCAUCACGGGCCCAAAUAUGGGAGGGAAGAGCUCUUGUGUCAGGAUGGUGGCUCUCAUUGUGCUCAUGGCCCAAAUUGGUUCAUAUGUACCAGCAGCUUCGUUGAAGCUCGGUCUUGUGGAUGCAAUUCUCACUCGGAUGGGAGCCUCUGAUGACUUGUCGAGAGGUCGAUCAACCUUCAUGGUCGAAAUGACAGAAACUAGUGAGAUAUUGCAACUCGCAACCCAGAGAAGCUUGGUUAUUCUCGAUGAGCUAGGCAGAGGGACUUCCACGUUUGACGGGAUGGCAAUUGCGAGUGGUGUGCUACAGCACCUAGUCGAUGUCACUGACUGUAAGACGCUGUUCAUUACACAUUACCCCUCUAUCGCAAGGGAGCUCGAGGACAAAUAUCCGUCCAAACUACAGAACCUCCACAUGCGUUACGAUGCAGAGGAUCGCGUGGACGGCAUUAAAGAUGUCACUUUCUUCUACUCUCUUACGCCAGGACUAUCACAACAUUCCUUUGGAGUAGAGUGUGGACGGUUAGCUGGAUUGCCGGAAUCUAUAUUACAGACGGCUGCCGCAAAAGCGUCGUCCUUGCAGAUCGAUGUCGAGCGGCGGAAGGCCGAAAAUCGAACACGCAAGGCCGUGGGCGCAAUUAGAAAAUGCUUCUUCAACCCAGAACCAGUAGAUAGCCAUGAAGUAGAGCAAUUAUUGGAAAGCAUCAGAGCGGUACAUCUCAGUAUAACAUUUAAUAAUUAG